UUAACAAGCCGCUAGUCCUCACCAUGAUCAACAAGGGCCACUUCUUCUCUCCCUUUGCCUCCACCACUUGCCACCUGCUUCUCUCCUUUCUGUGAAAAGAGGGAAGCCAUGAGAAGCCUCCUGAUUAUUUCAUUUCUGCUGCUCCUUUUCAGCUUCCCGACUCUGGGGGACCCAAACAGCAGGAAGAAGAAAGGGCCGCCACUGCAGCCGGUUCAGAGGAAGACGGACCGCCGCUCCCACUCCGAGACCAAAUUCCUGCUGUACUCCAACACGGUGGAAGAAGGCUGCCUGAUCGAAUCCUACCAGCUGGCCACGCUGGAGAAAUGUCGCUUCAACGCCUCUCUUCCUCUGGUGAUGAUCGUCCACGGGUGGUCGGUGGAGGGAAGGCUCGAAAGCUGGAUCUGGAAGUUGGCAGAAGCCCUGAAGUCCCGACUCCCUCACAGCAACGUCCUUAUCACCGACUGGCUCACGCUUGCGCACGCACAUUAUGCCACCGCCGUGCAGAAUACGCGGCGCAUCGGCCAGGAGAUUGCCCAGUUCCUGGAAUGGCUGGAGGAAUCGGUCCAGUUUUCCAGAGACAACGCGCACCUCAUUGGCUACAGCCUAGGUGCCCACGUCGCGGGAUUUGCGGGCAGCUUGAUUGGAGGCACAAAGAAGAUUGGCAGGAUCACAGGCCUCGAUCCUGCCGGCCCUCUCUUUGAAGGCAUGUCCCCGACAGACCGUUUAUCGCCGGACGACGCCAGUUUCGUAGACGCGAUCCACACCUUCACCCAGCAGCAAAUGGGCCUCAGCGUGGGGAUCAAGCAGCCGGUGGCUCACUUUGACUUCUACCCCAACGGCGGGACUUUCCAGCCUGGCUGCCACAUCAUGCACGUUUACAAUCACAUUGUACAGUAUGGAAUCACAGGGCUUGCCCAGAUGGUGAAAUGUGCCCACGAACGGUCCGUCCACCUGUUUAUCGACUCCUUGCAACACGAGGACAGGCAGAUGAUGGGCUACUUCUGCAAAGACAUGCAGACCUUCGACAAGGGCCGUUGCCUCAAUUGCCGGGCAAACAGGUGCAACACCCUGGGCUACCACAUCCGGAAGGCAAGAGUCCCUGAAAGCCGGCGGCUGUUCCUGCAGACCCAGCCCCAGGCACCGUUCAAAGUUUAUCACUACCAGUUCAAGAUCCAUUUCAUCAACGAAUUCCAACUGAAGCGAAUUGACCCAACCUUCACCAUUUCUCUGACAGGCAGCACGGAUGACAUUGAGAACCUCUCCAUUACUUUAGUUGAAGGCAUCACUGGAAAUAAAACCUAUACUUUCCUUGUUCCUCUGGAUACUGACAUCGGUGAGCUGAUGAUGAUCAAAUUGAAAUGGGAAGGGAUUGCGAUUUGGGAAAACAUCUGGAACACCGUCCAAACCAUCAUUCCGUGGACCAAGGGAGACCGCCGACCAGGACUGGUUAUAAAGACAAUACGAGUCAAGGCUGGGGAAACCCAACAGAAAAUGACAUUCUGUUCUCAAAAUGUUGACAACCUCCACCUUUAUCCGGGCCAGGAGAAAAUGUUUGUGAGAUGCGAAAUUAGCUACUAAGAGCGCUGGGCAAGCAUACCAAUAAGCAAGACCCCCAGGAGAAGAACGGGUGCCGCUGCUCAAGAAGUGCUUCCAAGCCUAACCUUUUCUUUUAAAAAGAACUUUUGUGUUUUUAUUUGUUCGCACACACAUUUGAGGGAAAAGAACAUCUGCAAAAACCACGAGGGAUCUGGAAAUACAAUGGGCUCCAUUUCUCUAAGAAAAGGAUGACGUUGAUUAAAAGAGCGGUGAAGUCAACCAAAAUACACAUUUUAUAGAAGGAUGUCGAG